AUGUCAGGGAAGCUAAUGCGCGCCGUGCAGUACAACUCUUAUGGAAGAGGAGCUGAUGGAUUGAAGCAUGUUGAAGUUCUAGUGCCUACUCCGAACAAGGAUGAGGUCUUGAUAAAAUUGGAGGCUACAAGUUUAAAUCCAUUAGACUUGAAAUUUCAGAAAGGUGUGGCUCGUCCUUUUGUUCCUCGCAAAUUUCCCGUUAUACCUUGUACGGAUGUAGCUGGAGAAGUUGUAGAGGUUGGAUCAAGUGUUGUGAAAUUUAAGGCUGGUGACAAAGUUGUGGCUCUUCUUAAUCUAUUUAUUGGAGGUGGAUUGGCAGAGUAUGCAGUUGCAAAGGAGAGCUUGACUGUUCAAAGGCCAGAAGAAAUAUCAGCUGCUGAAGGUGCAGGCCUUCCAGUUGCUGCUAUUUCAGUACACAAAGCCCUUGUUGAUAUUUCUGGAAUCAAGCUAGACGGAAGUGGAACGCGUAUGAACAUUCUUAUCACUGCUGCCUCAGGUGGUGUUGGACAUUAUGCUGUUCAAUUAGCAAAGUUGGGUAAUACUCAUGUUACAGGAACAUGUGGAGCUCGUAACAUUGAAUUCGUAAAGAGUUUAGGAGCAGAUGAGGUUCUUGACUAUAAAACGCCACAAGGAGCAACUCUUAAGAGUCCAUCAGGAAAAAAGUAUGAUGUAGUGGUUCACUGUGCUAGAGGCAUUCCCUGGUCAACAUUUGAGCCUAAUUUGAGUGACGCAGGUAAGGUCAUUGAUCUUACUCCUGGGCCUAGUUCAAUGUACACUUAUGUAUGGAAGAAAUUGACAUUCUCCAAAAAACAGUUAUUGCCGUUGAUUUUUAUCCCUAAAGAAGAUAAGGAACUGAAAUUGCUUGUUAAUUUGGUGAAAGAAGGGAAGUUAAAGACUAUGUUUGACUCUAAGUAUCCUCUAAGCAAGGCUCAAGAUGCUUGGGCCAAGAGCCUUGAUGGACAUGCCACCGGAAAGAUCAUUGUGGAGAUAUAAAAGUUAU